AUGUCCGCCGCUUCAGCCGGAGACCUGGCCUUUGCUCAAAAAUGUGCGGAUCUGCAGAAGUACAACCGGCCGCUGCUGGAGCUGCUUCACGGACUCAAGAGCGGCCGCUUCGACAAAGGUCUGACCAGUUUUCAGCAAAGUGUCGCAAUUGACAGACUGCAAAGGAUUGUGGGCAUUUUGCAGAAGCCCGAUAUGGGUGAGAAAUACCUCCAAAACCUCCUGCAGAUCGAAGUGAUGCUGAAGAUGUGGUUUCCUCAGGUCAACAGAGAGUCACAUUCAACCCUCGCAAUGAAACGCACUCAUCACUGGUGCCAGAACCAGAUGCACAUCCCAGUCAAGAAGAGAAAGAUGAGUUGGCCCGACCCUGACCGCUCCGCUGCACUCUCAUCCAAGCACAAAGAACUCAAACAAGAAAAACAUGCAAUUUGUGAUGUUGUGACGUCCCUCCCUGGAUUUGAUAAACAAAGCUCUCACAAAGGACAACUGUGUGUCUUCCACCAGCACCGCACGAGUUUCAGUGAAGCCGAGCCGCCACAUGGAGGCGCCAUAGCGGGAUGCUUUUUACGUGCAAAGUUUCUCUCGGAUCUUAACGUCAUGGCUGCGGGGGCGUCUUCUGGCGGCUCCCUGGAGUCCACCUUAGCGCGAAAGUUCCAAAACGUGACCAACACCAUGGACUCGAUUCAAAGUCUGUCUACAUGGUGCAUCGAGAACAAGAAAUACCACAGCGUGAUCGUGCGUCACUGGCUCAAACACGUGAGGAAAGCGGUUCCAUCUCACAGACUGAACCUCCUGUAUUUGGCCAAUGACGUCAUUCAAAACUGUAAAAGGAGAAACGCCAUCGUUUACAGAACUGCUUUUUCUGAGGUUCUCGUUGAUGCUUUUCUGCUUAUCAACUCCGACGGCAACGCGAAAGUGAUCAAAUCUGUGGAGAGGAUUUUGGCGAUUUGGGAAGAGCGAAGUGUGUACGAAGGAAACCUCAUCUCUGACCUGAGAAAUGCUUUGGUUAAAGAAGAAUCUCCUCCAGAGACGCCGAUCGAACAGAAAACUCCAACUGAAUCUCCAGCUGAAACCCGCUCCAGGAUUGUGGCUGAGUUUGUGCCUCAGGCCUUCAUCGACCAACUGUCCAAGCACCAGAGGUCUGUGGAGGAGGUGGAGCUGAGGGAGAAGCAGCUGGCCGCCAUGAGGCUGGACAUCUGCAACACCAAAGCUCUCCGGAAACUCAAAGAUAAAGCUGGAGGAAAGAAAUUUUCCAGAGACUUUGAGGAAGGGAACGCUCAGCUGCAGGAGUUUGUGAAGUUUUUGGAAAAACAAAAUAAAACCUCGGACCCGAUUCUGGAAGCGCUGAACAACGCUAACGUCUUCUACGAGAUGCAGUACAAAGAAGUGAAGAUCGUAGCAAAUGCGUACCAGACCUUUGCGAACCGCGUGAAUCAUCUGAAGCGGAAGUUGGACAGUCUGAAGGCCACGCUGCCGAGCCUGGACGACUCCCCCCUGCCCUCCCCCUCCGCAGACGCCCCCUCGCCCAUGGGUUCAGAGUCCCCCUUUGACAGCCUCCCUCUGGCCGACCCGGACCCAGACCUGGACGGCUCCGCUCUGGACGAUGACGCAGAACCCCCGGCCCCCAGCCCCCUCUCCUCCAUCGGGGCGUCGCCAAAAGACCCCACGAUCGGUGAAAGUGACAUCAUUGAAGAAGAGGACAUGGAGCUGUCGGAGGAAGAGAUGGAGAGUGGAGCUAUUAUAGUGUUGGAGCAGACUGCAGUCCCGGCUCAGACAGAGGUGACAGGCCCCGCCCCCCAGAGCUCGGACUCAUCAGUCGUCCCAGAGCCGACCGUCCCGGAGGUCGCCCCGGCCGCUGCUCCCCCCGCGGCCGCUGUCGAAGGUGUUGACCUGGGUAAAAUUGGCUCUUUCCUCAACAGUUUGAGCUCAGUCAUAAAGAACACAGGACCUUCACAGGACUCGAAGAUGGCCUCGUCUGCGACCUCCUCUGUGGACACGACCUCGGCCGCCAUCGCAGUUCUGCAGGACUCCAACUCUUUGUCCAAACUCCUCUCUAAAGUGGAUAUGAGUGCUUCGGAUUUACUGAGUGCUCUCACCAAAGUCCAGGCCCAAGGAGGAUUAGAGGGUUUCUCGUCACUGCUUAACAGCCCGUCCUCUCGCUUGUCCGAUUCUCCCGCUUCAGGCAAGAAACCUCCUUCCCUCUCAUCUACAUCACAGACUGUCACAUCACAGACGGUUUCAUCCCCAGCGCCCAUCAUUACGGAGACCUCAAACCUAUCGCAGCCGAACCAAAGACCUCCCGAGUCUGAGCCAGUCUCCGCCGUCCCCACUGUCACCAGGGAGCAAGAGCCUGCAGCUGUAGCCGAUAGUUUAGAGUCCAAAAUCCACAGCUUUCUCCAGGGAAAUCCAGCGUUCAGUGCGUUCGAUUUGGGGUUUGAAUCGACUCCAACGAAUGCAGCAAGUCCCGCUCAAGAAGGAACUCCGGUGCGAGACGAAGGGGGAAGUACGCCCACACAAGACGAGGCUAUGGACAAAACCACAGUAGCACUUAAUCCCAAUCCAGUUUCUGUGGGAGAAGCCAGUGGCAUUCUUCCACCGCAAACUCCAGUGGUUACCAACGGACAGCCAUACCAGCCUUAUCCCUUCCCCGACACUGUAUCCCAGCCGGCGAGUGCAGCACCAGUUGCAGAUUACGCUCAGCUUUUGGCACAAAUCAGUGGAGAUGUAGCCCCGGGCGUUGCCACAAACAUAACAAACAUUGUAGAGAAAAUCAAUGAGAGUGGCUGGUUUAAUACGGUUUACCCAGAAGGCAGCUCUCAGCAAAGUUUAAAUGUGCCUCUAGGUCCAUUGGAGAGCUCGCAACCUGGACACUUCCCAUAUCAGUCUACUCAGGAGCCAGCAGGGGGCGCUGACAUGUCUGCUAAUGUGCAUCUGCGAGUACCAAGCUUACCCCCUCCCCAUGACUACUACACCUCGGCUGGGGCCGGGCCAGGCUUAGAUAUGCAGCCUCCCCCUGGUCCAGAGCUGCCCUCCGGAGUCAGCAGCUUACUCAGCAGAGUCAUCGUCCACGACCACCAACACAAGUCCGUCUUCCACCAGGACGACCCGCUGCGUGACCCCGCCCCCCAAGAGUAUUUAGACGACAGACAUUACAAUGAAGAUGACAUGUACCAGAGGGAGUAUUAUCAAAGCGACGCACAAAUGCCUCCUGUUGGCGAGCCGUACUUUGGACCAAGAAUGAGAGGUCGCUUCCCGCCUCCUGAGAAUGAGUAUUUUGACUAUCAGCACCGGGAAGCACCCUCACCGCGAAGACCGCCGCCUCCUCACCAUCCCGGCAUGGGGCAAAGGGGCAUGAGACCACCCCUGAGAGGGCCUCCCCCCGGACAUCACCUCAGGGGGAACCCGAGGCCCCCGUUCCCAGGUGGCCGAGCUCCCGAGCCCUGUGUGAAGGCACCAGGUGUGACGACCAGAAGAGCCGACGGGGAGAAAAGAGGAAAAGAGGGACCGCGGCGCUUCUUUGAUGUCCCUGAUUUGACUGAGCAGCCGCAGCAGCCGCAGCAGCCGAAGCAGCGGUGGCCAUUUAAAUGUGUGGGUUUGGGAGCGGACCGAAGCCUCAGGUUCAGGGGAGGGAUGGGUUUUGGAGAUGGACAAGGGAGGGAGACACCGGCUUACGACGUCAAAGCACUACAGACACACACAGCAGAGCGCGGAGAGGAGCGGGGACGUCCAGACUUCCUAUUCCCCACGACGCACCAAGGGCUUACUUUAGUCUCCGCCACGAGUAGCACCACAGAUUUUCCAAUGAAGGAGCCUGACGCAAUCAAGCUCUUCAUCGGGCAAAUCCCCCGAAACCUGGAGGAGAAGGAUCUGAAGCCCAUCUUUGAGCAGUUCGGGAAGAUCUACGAGCUGACAGUCAUCAAGGACAAGUACACCGGCAUGCACAAAGGUAGGCUGCGGGCUGAGUGA